AUGAGAGAUUUACCUUCGUUGUGUUUAGAAAAGAUUUUCUGGGCGAUAUAUAACGAGGAUGUGAUGGAUGACGACCCGAUUAACACGAUGAAAUAUAUAAGGAAUUCAUUGUUUAAUUGUUUGUUGGUUAAUCGGCAUUUUUGCAGGCACGUGAUUCCAAUACUAUGGCGAAACACGUUCAAUUGGCAUUUACCUUCCGCUAAAUUGGUCAUAUCAUAUCUUUGCUUUCUUUCACCUAAAGCGAGAUCUUUCCUUUCACAACGACUUGACAUUGAUGUGAGAGGUUUAUUGGACUAUUGUGGUAAAAAGACCCCCUUCUUCAAUUACGCAUCUUACUUGAGAGAAUUAGAAUAUCGUAGCGUAUUGAAAAGUGUACAAGAAUUAUGGCCUGUAAAUCAAAACACAUUAUUCAAGUUGGGAGGCGUUGAUUAUCAGUUGUUGAUGGUUGAAGAAUUGUGUAAAAUGUUUUUGUCUCAAUGCCCCGCAUUGAUCAGGUUAGAUUUGGCAACUGAUUCGAAAUUUCAAAAUCAUUUUAAGUUCACUCCAAUCCCAUUACAUCCUCUCGCGAAUCCUUGUUUGUGUAAAUUACGAGAAUUUAAAUUCGGUAAACACCCUGAUCAACUAAAAGUAAUCAACACGUUAUCAAAGCUUUGUCAUAACAUUGAAAUCAUACAAUUGAGCAUUUUUAAUCAUCAUGAUCCUACUUUACAAUUCGAUUGGUCACUUUACGAGGGGAUUCAUAGACUUAUAAUGUCUCAAUGGUAUUUAAAAGAAUUCAUUUGUUCUUUUGCUCAAAAGGGUUUCUUGUCCGUCAUCGGUCCCGCUCUCUUGACAAAAUCAUCAACUUUACGAGACGUUACCUUUCAUGAAUGUGACCUUCUCGAAAAUGAUCAUCCUUUUGACGAUUUGAUUGAUCGUUGUAAUCUUUCAUCAUUGACCUUGAUCGAUUGUAAAAAUCUUCAAGGUUCUCACUUUUCCCCUUUAACUCAUUCGAUCGAUCAUAAAUCUUUUUUUAUAAAAAAAACAUUACCCUUAAGUUUAAAUAUCGCAUUUAAUAGUCCAUUACAAUGUACAUACAUCAAAUCCAUUUUACCACCGAAUAAUUUAUGUUUAACGAGACUUUUACUCAACGAUAUAAUACAACAACCAUGUUCACUCAUCGAUCACGUAACUGUGUAUUGUCCUAAUUUAAUCCAUUUUAGGGCAAACAUAUCGGCUUGCAUUUUACCUCAACUACCUAAAUUUUUCAAAUCAUUAAACAAAUUAGAAAUCAUUGAAUUAAAUAAUGAAAAAGUAUUUUACGAAAAUUUGAUACCUACUUUAAUCUCAAAUGAGUUGGCGAUAGAAAUUUCCGAAUCCAUACCAAACUCUUUAUAUAAUUUCACCUUUUUAUUGAUGGCAGUAUUCACGAGUCAAAGUCUUUCAUUAUUUCUUGAACGAUUGGAUGAAAGGUGCAUUGUGAUGAGCGACCUUAACUAUUCAUAUUCAUAUUAUUUUGAUGAAGAUGAAUACGUUGAAGUUGAAAUGGGUGACGUGAUAUUUGAAGAAUUUUUCAUUCGAGUCGAUUUAGAAGAAUGGUUGAGAAUCAAUGAAAUUGAUAACAUAUAUUUCAAAUUACUUGGAAAUUUUGAAUGUACGAGGUAUUUGGACGAUGGAAAUUCUCGCGUUUAUCCCACUUAUGUGGAAUCGGAUGAUUAA